AUGGACGUGCGUCAGAAGCAGAGCUACACGAUCCGGGAGCCGGAGGACUGCCUGUGGGGUCUUGAGGCCAGCGGCGGCAACUGGACAGGCAUCGUAGGGACUCUUCAGUAUGAAAAGGCCGACUUCUCCAUGGACCUCACCCUGACGCCCCAGAGAGCAGCGAUAGUGGAGUACGGAGGGUGCACUGUCUGGGUCUCCAUGGUGGCCGGCGUCAUGGUGUGGAGCCUAACACUCUGGGCCUUGCUCAGGAUCAUACAAACUGGCGCGGAGAAGCACCCGAUGAAGCUCACGCGGGCACUUUUCUACGGCUGGGGGCUGCUGCUCGAGGACACGCCCUAUGACCCGCCCGACAGCCUGAUGCUCGGAGUGUGGCUCCUCGUGUGUCUGGUGCUGAGGACCUCGUACACCUCCUCGCUGACCUCCCACCUCGUGGUGCAAGGCGAGUCUUCCGCUAUAAAUGACAUGGAGACGCUGGUCAGACUACACGGGGAAGAAGGACGGCAGUGGGGCACGCAAAUUUUCUCUGGAGCAUUCAACAUUUUCCUGAGUAGCGGCUCAAACCCAGUCUACCACACCAUGAAGACACACAUGCAGGUAAGUCAUGCCAAAUUGGAGAUAACGAUUAUGUAA